UUAGGCUGGAGAACAAGUGACAAAGCAGAGAGGGAGAGAGAAAUAAUCCUGGUGAUUUAGAGCAUUAAUAAGAAAGGUAAUAGUAGUUUUUAUGCGUCCUGGCGCAGAAGGUGAGCACAUAUGGAGCAACGUUUGUCACUCUAAGUCGGUGACCAAGAAAAAAUAAAUUAAAGGUGAGGAAAGUUUAGAAGAAGAGCGGAAACUUCCAAUGUCUGUCUCCUCCGCCCCCGGUCAGGGGAACACGAGGAAGCAUUCAGCUGUGCCACGAGGGAAGAGACCACCGGAUUUAGAGCUGUCUGAAACCACAUUCAGCGCGCGUGAGGCAGGAACACCUGUUGGCACCUUUCCUCAAAGAGACACAACAAUGCAACAGGACUGCAGAGCUCCCGCGGAUGGCAACUCUUUUCACCUGCACCCUCGCAUAUCUCAUCCCCGGAUGUCUGGRAGGAUGUCGGUGUACAGCACCGGUGCGCGUCCGGCUCUCACACGCGCCUACAUCCAAGGACGCGUGUACAACUUUCUGGAGAGGCCGACUGGUUGGAAAUGCUUCGUGUAUCACUUCACAGUGUUUCUAAUGGUUCUGGCGUGUCUCAUCCUCAGUGUUCUCUCUACCAUUGAGCAGUAUCAUUCCCUGGCUCACACAACGCUAUUUUGGGUGGAGAUCGUCCUUGUGGUGUUCUUUGGAGUGGAAUAUUGUGUCCGUCUUUGGUCAGCAGGCUGCCGCAGUAAAUAUGUUGGCAUCUGGGGACGACUACGCUUUGCCAGGAAGCCAAUAUCUAUUAUAGAUCUGAUUGUAGUUGUUGCCUCCAUAAUUGUGCUGUCAGUGGGUUCCAAAGGCCAGGUCUUUGCAACGUCUGCUGUAAGAGGGAUUCGCUUUCUGCAGAUUCUGCGUAUGCUCCACGUUGACAGGCAGGGAGGGACCUGGCGYCUUCUGGGGUCUGUGGUCUUCAUCCAUCGACAGGAGCUGAUCACCACCCUGUACAUUGGAUUCUUGAGCCUUAUCUUCUCAUCAUAUUUUGUCUACCUGGCAGAGAAAGACACUCUGAACAGCAGCGGCGUCACUGAGUUUGGAAACUAUGCUGAUGCUUUGUGGUGGGGAGUGGUGACAGUGACUACAAUUGGCUAUGGGGACAAAGUUCCACAAACCUGGAUUGGAAAAACUAUUGCAUCAUGUUUUUCAGUCUUUGCUAUAUCAUUCUUUGCACUUCCUGCAGUAAGUACAUAUUGUUUUAAUGUGUUUUUUUUCUUCAGUUUGUUUCUUAUGUUUUUUAUAGAGUUCCUUGGUCUCCAUGAUGUCUCUUGCUUGGUGAUGAGGAGGAAGAUGAAGAGUAUUGACAAGGACAACAGUCCAGCUUCUCCAGAAGUUCCCAGCAUCACCUGUGACUCUGUGUUCGACAGUGGGAGGGAGUUAAGUUCAGAUGUUUACAGCACUGUUGGCACAGGACUUCAGGCACUUGGAGGAUGUGAUCCUCAGCAAUCAUGGACAUCUUUGUCUUCCCUUCAGUUCAGCUCAUCACCUCCAGACUGUGCAGUGAAAAGAAGCCCCGGCCUUUUGGAUUCGCAGCCCCCCACCCCGCUCCAGAGGAACAGCAGCUACACAGACGACCUGGAGCUGGAGUCAGAGCGGGAGAGUGAACUGGCUCCUGCCAGCUCCGUGUCACAACUAACAGAGUCGCAUCGGAAAGCCAUCCGUGUUAUUCAAAGAAUGCGUUAUUUUGUGGCCAAGAGAAAUUUCCAGCAAGCCCGUAAGCCAUAUGAGGUGCGAGACGUGAUUGAACAAUACUCUCAGGGUCACCUCGACCUCAUGGUGCGCAUCAAGGAGCUACAGAGAAGACUAGACCAGUCUUUAGGGAAGAUGAGUUUGUUCCAGACAGGUUCAGACCGAGCCAGAGACAAAGGAAACAACUCAAUUGGAUCAAGACUCGACAGGAUGGAGGAAAAGAUUUCUCAUAUGGACCAAACUCUGACCCACAUGGCCGAGUCUCUCACUUUACUGCUGGACCAGAGGGACGGUGGAGGCGGAGAAAGCCGAGGCAGACUGAGACCUCGGCUCAGACGAACCUGUAAUGUCCUCCCCAGUCAGGACAACCUGCCGGGCUAUGACCAGCUGUCUUCAUCCCCGUCGUCCUUCUCCUCCUCCAACAACACAAGCACUGCACCUUGUCCCAACCCUCCACUCAACUCCAUCACCAGUCAGACCGAGAGGUGCUGAAAGCUGAAACCAAAUGUUUGCUCAUCUGUAUAAGGGGAGAACACACCCUGAAUGAACUGAACCAUUGAGCCUAUUCAGCUGCAAUUACUUUAUGUGAUGUAAUCAUACUUUUUUUCUCAAUAUUCUCACUGCAUACAAUGUUUGAAAAAAUAGGUUUAAAACUGCAAAAACAUUUUGGAUGUUUUCUUUCUGAAAAUGAUAAAUAUUAAUACAAUUUAUUUUGGUUUAUUAGACAUGAAACACCAUGAUUUUGUUCACACAAAUCAUCUAAACAAAUGAAACCAAUGUUGAUCAUUUUCA